CAGUUUUUAUCCCACCCUGCAACUGAAAAGUAACCAAGAUUGAUCGAAUAGAGAUGUUAUCGUUUCACUCAUGUGGAUGUUGCCGCGUUUCAACAUCCACUGCGUUCCAUUUCCAGUUUCGUACCUUACCUUCUUCUUCACUCUUUUUCUAUGCUACAAGCUAUAAAUUUCGUUCUACCACAGCGAGCGCUGGUUCUGGUUUCACCGGAGGCUCAGACUCCGAUGGAGAUAGAAAAUUGAACUUCUCCGGUGUGCGGUUGGAGGAGGCUGUCGAUAGCACAAUAGGAUCUGCAAAACUAAGACUGGAUAGUUGGAUCUCUUCCCGCAUCAACGGCAUUAGUAGAGCACGCGUUCAAUCAAGUAUCAAAUCGGGACUCGUUCAUGUUAAUGGUCGUGUCGUUGAUAAGGCUUCUUUCAACGUCAAAGCUGGGGAUCAGAUCAAAUGCACAAUCGCGGAGUUGCAGAGAUUGAGGGCUGUGCCAGAAAAUAUACCUUUGGAUAUAGUUUAUGAAGAUGAGCAUGUUCUAGUCAUAAAUAAACCUGCACACAUGGUUGUGCAUCCAGCUCCUGGAAAUACAUCGGGGACGCUUGUCAAUGGCAUUCUUCACCAUUUCAAUCUUCCAAAUGUUGAAUUUUCUAAAGACGAAUCUCUUUCAGAUACAGAAGAUUCUGAUGACGAGGUUAAUAGCUAUGGCUCCAUGACAAGUUCUUAUGAAGGAUCACAUUCUAUAUUGUCUAUGUCAUCAAUUCGCCCAGGGAUUGUACACAGAUUGGACAAAGGCACAAGUGGGUUACUUGUUGUUGCAAAGGAUGAGCAUUCACAUAUGAAAUUAUCCGAGCAAUUUAAGCAACGCACCAUCAAGAGGGUUUAUGUUAGUCUCACUGCUGGGGUACCCUCUCCGGUUUCUGGGCGAGUUGAGGUUCCAGUUGGCCGUGAUCUUAAUAACCGGUUGCGUAUGACUGCUGUAGCUGGACCAGCCAAUUCUAGAAAUGCCCGUCAUGCUGCUAGUAGGUACAGAGUAAUUGAGAUACUUGCUGGGGGAAGUUGUUCAUUGGUUGAGUGGAAGUUGGAAACUGGACGCACUCAUCAGAUCCGUGCUCAUGCUAAGUAUUUGGGAGUUCCUUUACUCGGUGAUGAGGUGUAUGGAGGGACAAAAAGCAUGGUCUUGUCACUACUAAGGCCCCGAACUCCCAUCAGUUUGCAUGGAAAAAUUGUACAAAUGGUUUCUAGGCUAGAUAGGCCUUGCCUUCAUGCUUUGACACUGGGGUUUCAGCAUCCCUAUACAGGGGAGCAGGUGCACUUUUCAUGUGAACCCCCUGUAGACUUCGAUGAGAUUUUGAGCCAGCUUCGUAGAAUUGGUAGUGAGAAUGUUUCUUUCUCAAAGCGUUCAAAUUUUUGACGAUGGCACUGCAUUCAUAUUUUGUAAGCAGCUUCGACUUGUCAAAUUACUUCGCUAUUAUUUUUUUUCAUAUCUGUAGAUUAUUAUUGGAUUAGUAAAAGUCUACAUCUGUGCAUCAUUCUGCAUUUACAUAAUACUAGUUGUUCUUUUAUCAAUUUUCGCUCUUUAUUUUUUAUUUGACUUUUCAUUUUUCUAAGUUGUUCAAAAAUAAUAAAAUAAGAGAGAGUAAACAACAACAAAGUCAAUGAUCUAUUUAAACGAACUACUCCAUAAUAACUUAUAAAGGUUAUGUAUAAACUUUCUCAUAUAGUUUUUUUAAAUUUUAACUUAUAGAAAAAAUCAUCUCUUUUCUGUUUUCCUACUUUAAAAGUCCUUGCGGAAAAACAUAAGUCAUAUUUCCCUAGGUGAUGUCAGCUACGUGAACUAAACAUUUGACAUUGUUAAAAACGUUAGAGAUCUCCUUUUGCAAUUUCCUCCAAUGUCGUUUUUGGUUCCUCUCCAUCUUUUCACAUGACAAAACAAUCAUGCUACCUACUUUUUUUUAUUGGAGUCUCUAUAGGCCUUGUUUGUAAAGUGAAAAUCAUCUUAACUGAUUGUGUCAGCUUUACUCAAGCAGUGAUGCUAACCUUUCCUUGUAUAUAAUCAUUUUGUAUUUUGCCUUUUUAAUUUGACUACACAUUCACCUUAACAUUUCAGUUAAAUUACACUUGCCUCUGUCUCAUUUGGUUAGUUUGAUGUUAGUUGUGAUACAUAAUGAUAUUCUAUUUUAUUAUAAUCAAUUGUUUUAAUGUAUCAAUAUCAUAUUGUUUAUCCUAUUUUAUUGGUGGUGUAUUUUUUGUCUUGAUUGUAACAAGAUAGGAUAAUUGAUCUCCCUCAUCCUCUUUUGAUAGUCCAUCUUCGUUACAAUAAUUGUUGUUGAUACAAUCCCUAAUCCCUGUCAUUACCACCAUUAUUUGUUUUUCUUUUAUUGUUCAUAUGUAACUGCCAUUACAUUAUUAUUACCAUUCACUGCCUGUUUCCAUCAUGCUCAUAUACGAUGUAACCCCCAGCAUUCUACAACUAUCACUUUUAAUAUCGUAUCGUCGUGAGAGAGCUAUACCAA